UUUAACGGCGAAGAAGCAGCGAUUUGUGUACGUGUGUGUUUUGUCUUUGCGACGUGGUGAUUACAGAGCCACUAGAACCGAUACCGAUCCCAAACCGAUCCGAUCCCCGUCAGAAUCCAGCACUUCCAUGCAGAUGCGCGUCACGGAGUUACCGGCAGUACAGCUGCUGCUGUCUUUUAUCUUAAUUGGCUUAGUGAGCGGCCAGCGCGUCGCUCCCGGCGUGAAUCCGCAGCACUAUCAACAAGUCCCGCAGCAGGUGCCACAGCACCAUCCACCACCGCCGCCGCAGCAUCACCAGCCAGUGUACCAGCAACAGGUCCCCUCGGCGCCCGGUGUGCCGCCCCAGCAAUAUCAAUAUGAGCAGGUUCCAGUACCCGUGCAGCAGCAGCAACCACCGGUCCAAUAUCAACAAGUUCCUGUACAACAGCAGCAGCAGCAGCAGCAGCAGCAACCAAUCCACCAGCAGCCAGCGCCGCAACAAGUUCACCACCAGCAGGCAGGUGGCCACCAUCAUGGACAACCUCAGCAGGUCCUGAACACCGGCAACAUCCAGCAGGAGCGUGCUCAUAUCCAGGAGCACAUGCAGGUUCCCAUCGAUACGAGCAAGAUGUCCGAAGCUGAGCUGCAGUUCCACUACUUUAAAAUGCACGACUCGGACAACAACAACAAACUGGACGGCUGUGAGCUGAUCAAGUCGCUUAUCCACUGGCACGAGCAAGGCAGCAAGGAGCAGCCAAACGGCGAGAAGCCGCAUGUAGAGGAAAAGGUCUUCUCGGACGAAGAGUUAGUUGCCCUGAUUGAUCCCAUCCUGCAGAUGGACGAUACAUCACGCGAUGGCUACAUCGACUAUCCGGAGUUCAUCAAGGCCCAACAGAAGGCCGCCGAGAAGCAGCAGCAACAACAGCAGCAGCCGCAAGAGCACCAGCAACAGCAGCCGGUUCAUUAGUAGUCACUUAGAUCCGUUCAGUUUACAUACAUAACCAUGUCCUCGUCCCGUGUUCUGUGACGUGCAACACAUACUCCUGUUUUCUGCCCAAAAACAUCCUGAAAUUACGUCGACCACGUCAACGGUUUUAGCGCAUUUCUUUAGAUAAUUUCGAAUCAAAUUUACUUAACAUGCUUUAAGCAUUCCAAUCGGAGAACUUCAUUGAACAAAUUGUAACCUAAAGACCUAACCUAAAAACUUUUUCAAAAGAUUCCCAUUUUUCGAAUAUUGAUCACGAAUCUCUCAAGUGGUCUGUGCAAUUCCAGCCGCCUUGUUUCGUUUUGUUUUCCAUUGUCAUUAUUUUAGUUACUUUUCGAUAUGAACUAAUUUUUAAGCGCAUCUUGAGAGCAGCAAAAAACAGACUGAUUGUGUAAAAGUUUGUUUUGUACAAAAAAAAGAAGCAAAAACUAUGCAAAAUAAGAAAUCUAAGAAUGCCCCGUCUAUGUGGAAAACAUUUUGAAACUGAAACCUAUUAUAUAGACGCAUGCAACAUUUUGUAAGUAAAGCUGAUUUAGCAAAUAAAGUCAAAUCCAAAUCUCA